GCCGCAUUCGACGAGCAUGGCGACGACGACGUGGGAAGGCUGGGUGCACAAGCAUGGUGGGCUCUUCCCGAGCUGGAAGAAGGUGUACCUCGUCGUGCACGGGCGCCAGCUUGUGUACCUCGACAGAGAAGCGAGCAACCCGCGCGCGAAGGAGAAGGCCAAGGCGACGCUGACGGCCGUCGCCCGCAGCACGGACGUCAAGAACGGUUUGACCAUCACGGGCGCCGACGGCAAGCACACACGCAUCUACACAAAGACGAGCGAAGAGGUCACGGGCUGCCUCAACGCCAUGAGCGCGGCGCUGCGCCCCGAGCCCAAGCCGCGGCCGUCCAUGGACCGCUUGCCCGCGACGCACGCCGGCUGGCUUGGUAUGGACGCCAAGGGGCCCAAGAAAUGGUACUUUGUGCUCACGGGGGCCGAUCUGAGCAACUACGAUCGCAUUGGCGGCGCCGAGAUUGGCCGCGGUCGCCUCGCCGACAUCCAGCCCUCCGAGCGCCCGACGUCGUUUGCGUUUGUAUUUACGAACGGCCGUCUUUUGCCCGUCGCCGCCGAGUCGGCUGCCGACGCCGAUGCUUGGAUCAGCGCCGUGUGCAGCGUGCUCAACAAGCCCAAGCCGAUCGCGCCGCGCCACUCGAUCGACGCCCCCCUUGCCGGUCGCCCAUCGAUGGAUACGAGCGUCACGCGUGCGCCCGUGUCGGAGCCCAAGCCGGUCCGCGCGCCCGUUGCGGCGCCGCCGCGCAGUGAGCCGACGCCCGUGCGACAGUCCGUGCCGCCGCCAGUGCAACACCAAGCGCCCGUGCAACACCAAGCACGUGUGCCAGAACCGACGAUCGCGCCGCAAAGCAAGCCAGCGAUCGCCCGACUGGAGCCCGAGGCCAAGCAACCAGAAUUUACGCUACCACCGCCCGUCUCGACUGGAGGGAUGAAGCCGCGCAAGUUUGCGCCCGCGCAGCCGCCAAAAGCGCCACUCAUGAAGCCGCCGCGCGCGCCGCAGCCCGUGGCGCAAGAAGCGCAUUUCGCCAACAACGCGGCCGAGGUGUGGCAGAUGACGGACCCGUCGCUCGUGCAGGCGUGGGUCGAGCACGGGAAGGCCGCGCCCGUGGCCGCGCCCAUGCCACCGCCCCAAUCGACGCAGAAGCUCUCGUCGUUCUUGGACAAGUACAACAUGCGGCCAGAAGGCAUGGCCGCGUCGAAUGCUCAAACCUCAUUAUAAGCAAAGAUACCUAUUUGUUAUUGCAUA